AUGGUCGAUCGCCCCACAACCUCUCGAGUUGGCCGAGAAAACCAACGUUACAACCCCGAAACAGGCGCCAGAAUGGUGGCUGGAUGCAUCUGCUUGAACGACACCAAGGACAAGGUGGUGAUGGUGCAAUCAAUGGCACAUGUCGGACGCUGGGUGCUACCAAAGGGAGGAAUCGAACUUGACGAGGGAGACGACUUCCUGGUCAGUGCCGUCCGAGAGACCUGGGAAGAGGCUGGGGUCGAGGGCCGGGUGAUGAAGAAAUUGGAGGUGGUGCUCGACUCUCGUGGCAAAAAGGCCCCAGUGGUGUCGGAAAUCACAGAUGCCAAGGUGAUCCCCAAGUCUGAGUUUCAUUUCUACGAGCUCCUCGUUACUUCAAUGAGCCAGGACUGGCCAGAAGCAGAUCAGCGCGAGAGGCGCUGGUGUACCUACAGUGAUGCUGUGCACGAGUUGACCCGUGCAAAGAGGCCGGAAUUGAUCCAGGCACUCGACCUGCUGAGCAUCUUGAAGUCGAGCCAGGUGCCAUAA